GUUUGAAAUUUCAAGGGCCUGCUUUUUAGCUUGACUUUGGACCAAGCUAGGAAAAAGGAUUUGCUUAUACUUUCAGCCCUGCACAGAGGUGAACUUGAACAAGGGCUCUUGCUUUUGCAGAAGAAAAGCAACAAAGAUGGCUGGUCAGUGUAAGGAUGACCUCUCCCUGGUUCUAGAAAAUAAACAGCCAAUGGUUUGUUUCAUUUGAGAAACAAGAGUUUAAAAACUCCUCCGUUGUCACAUACAACCCCCCCCCCCCACCUUUGACUCGUUUCUUGGCAUGCUGCUACCUCUGACCUCAGGAUCCUUGUGUCUUCUCCUUGGUGGAGUGAUGAGGACUUCCCCUGCGGUGUUUUACUGGAUGACUUUUCGUGGUCGUGGUGAAAAUUUAGAAUUUUUCCAUGCUCUUGUUAUUUUUGGGGUCAGUUGUGUCUUCUCUCUGGUGAUGUAAAGCGAAGUGGCUUUGUGGGUCCGUGGGAGCCCUAGUUCACCCAAGGUCUUGCUGUAUGACCUUGGGCAAAUCACUUUUUCCUUCUGAGCCUCAGUUUUUGAGAGCUUUGGAUCUGAAGAAGGAUAAUAAUAAAUAGGUUUCAUCUCUGAUUCUGACUUCAAGGGAUUGGCUGUAGCUGCCUAGAGCACCGUGUUGAGAAGGAUUCUGAGGUCACAUCCGGAUGCCCCGGUUCUGGAGAGAGGGGUGCAGUGUGCAUCACAGGGCGAGGGCUACACCUCUUAUUCACCAUACUCAGGGCUAGGUUGUGGAUCGUGACCACUGAAAAAUCAGUUUAGUGGCUCACAGUGUCAAAAAAGAAAAAAGAACGGAAUAGAACACAGAAGGACACAAAAUAGAGGCACAGUACAGUAUGGAAGGUAAGUGUUGUCUCAUGAAACUUUUGUUUUAUUUCCAUUCGCCGAUCCGUGUGCACGAUACAUGUAAUUCCUACCGUGAGCCACUGUUAAAGGAGUUGGCAAUACUGGACUCAUGACCCACCUUGAUGUGCUGCAAAUACCCCGAACUUUCCCACUUAGACUCUUCUUUUCUCACUUAUUAUCCCAGCGGACUUGGACGUGAACCCUGUGGAGUAGGUGUCCUGUGCCGCAUGGUUUGUCUCCUGGCUGAUCCGGCCUUCUGGGCCACCUGGGAAGAAGUCUCAGCUGCGUGGUGGUCAGGCACGCACCCCAGCUUGUUGGCCUUGGAGAAGCCUAGAAAGACAGGUGCUAGAGUGGAGGCAGCAUCUCUGCCGCCUUCUCUUGCCGGAAAGGAGAUUUUUAAAGAAGCCUGGAGUACCUGUCUUGGUGGGAGAGCGAGCAGCCACACUUACUUUUUCUCCCUCAUUUUACUUCAAAUUGCCAUAGGAGUUUUUCUGGUCUUAAGCCUUUGUGUUUGCGCUGUAUUUAAAUUUUAACGGGACUCUGCGAGAGUGUGUAUUUUGGUGUGUGCGCUUCCUAAAAACUCCCGAAUUGCUUUUUGUCUCCUCAUCUGUUAUAAGUGUCAGACCGGCACUGUCCAGUGGAAAUAGAAUUUGAGUCACAAAUGUGAGCCACACACACAAUGUUAAGCUUUCUGGUGACACCUAAAGAAAGUAAACAGGUGGAAUUGAUUUUAAUAAUAUAAUUUAUUUAACCCAGUAUAUCCACAACAUGCCAUCCUUUUCAGUAUCUCAUUCAUAUAAAGAAUUGCUACCGUGAUAUUUUAUAUUCUUUGGGAGCUAGUAAGUGUUUUCUAACUAGCCACACUUCAUGUGCUCAGUAGCCACAUGUGGCUCGUGGCUUCCGUUUUGGACAGCACAGGGUGAGACCAGUGUUCCAUCUAGUCGUUACGGGGUGGCCUCGGAAGGUUAGUGACACAUCUCUCAAAGCUCUUGGUUUUGUUGGUGGGACUUCCUUCCUGAGCCCUCGAUGCUCUGUGGUGGUUCAGCCUGUAGUGGUGAAGAGUUCCACCGUUGAACCUCUUCUGGCUGCAGUGGUCCACACCCCUUCUUUAUUUGUCCCCGAGCAUUCUUCUGCCAGGAUCAGGCCGGCACGCUUUAGUUCAGCGUGACAAAUGAUGGCUGGAAACCCCGGGAUGAUGUGUCUCAGCAUGUGUGCCCUUGAAGUCGAGAAGCGCAGAUGCAGGAGGCUGACGGAGCCAGUGCAGCUGGAAGGAAAAGCACCGCGAGCAGGGAGCGCUUGAAGCGCAGCCAGAAGAGCACCAAGGUGGAGGGGCCAGAGCCCGCGCCGGCCGAGGCCUCGCUGAGUGCCGAGCAGGGAACGAUGACGGAGGUGAAGGUGAAGACGGAGCUACCCGACGACUACAUCCAGGAGGUGAUCUGGCAGGGGGAGGCCAAGGAGGAGAAGAAGGCGGUCAGCAAGGACGGGACAGGCGACGUGCCCGCUGAGAUCUGCGUGGUGAUUGGUGGUGUCCGCAACCAGCAGACCCUUGAUGGAAAAGCACCCGAAAGCAGCCCCCACAGUGGAUCUGUGCGAAGCCGCUAUUCAGGGACCUGGAUUUUUGACCAAGCGUUGAGAUAUGCAUCUGGAUCCUAUGAGUGUGGAAUCUGUGGCAAGAAAUACAAGUAUUACAACUGUUUCCAGACCCACGUCCGGGCGCACCGAGACACCGAAGCCACCUCCGGGGAGGGAGCCUCCCAAGGCAAUAAUUUCAGGUACACGUGUGACAUCUGUGGGAAGAAGUACAAGUACUAUAGCUGUUUCCAGGAGCACCGGGACCUGCACGCCGUGGAUGUGUUUAGUGUGGAAGGGGCCCCUGAGAAUCGGGCAGACCCCUUUGACCAAGGUGUUGUGGCCACUGACGAGGUGAAGGAGGAACCCCCGGAACCAUUCCAGAAAAUUGGGCCAAUGAACAAUAUUACAUCAGAAAUUUUUAAGAAGAAAGAAGUUAGGCAGUGCCAAAAGAGAGAAACUGGCAAUUACACCUGUGAAUUCUGCGGAAAGCAGUACAAGUACUACACACCCUACCAGGAGCACGUGGCCUUACACGCCCCCAUCAGUACUGCCCCCGGGUGGGAGCCACCGGACGAUCCAGACACGGGCUCUGAGUGUUCGCAUCCGGAGGUCUCCCCGUCUCCGCGCUUCGUGGCAGCCAAGACCCAGACGAACCAGUCGGGGAAAAAAGCUCCGGCCUCCGUGGUCCGAUGCGCCACGCUCUUACACCGCACCCCUCCAGCCACCCAAACCCAGACGUUCCGCACUCCAAACUCGGGAUCUCCGGCAAGCAAGGCAACCGCAGCAGAAAGCGCUUUCAGUCGGAGAGUAGAAGGCAAAGCACAAAACCACUUUGAAGAGACAAAUAGCAGUUCCCAAAACUCCAGCGAAACUGCAAGUCCCCUGAUUUCCAAUCCUUUCCCUCUCCUACAGAAACCGUACACCUGCGGCGCCUGUGGGAUCCAGUUCCAGUUCUACAACAACCUGCUGGAGCACAUGCAGUCCCACGCAGCGGACAACGAGAACAACAUUGCCUCCAACCAGUCCCGAUCGCCGCCUGCUGUUGUAGAAGAGAAGUGGAAACCCCAGGCCCAGAGGAACAGCACCAACAACACCACGACCAGUGGUUUAACACCCAACAGCAUGAUCCCCGAGAAGGAGCGGCAGAAUAUUGCAGAGCGGCUGCUGCGGGUCAUGUGCGCCGACCUUGGCGCGCUGAGCGUGGUGAGCGGGAAGGAGUUCCUGAAGCUGGCCCAGACGCUGGUGGACAGCGGCGCCCGCUACGGGGCCUUCUCCGUCACGGAGAUCCUGGGCAACUUCAACACGCUGGCGCUGAAGCACCUGCCGCGUAUGUACAACCAGGUGAAGGUGAAGGUGACGUGCGCCUUGGGCAGCAACGCCUGUCUGGGCAUCGGGGUCACCUGCCACUCGCAGAGCGUCGGCCCUGACUCGUGCUACAUCCUCACGGCCUACCAAGCCGAGGGCAACCACAUCAAGAGCUACGUGCUGGGCGUGAAGGGCGCGGACAUUCGCGACAGCGGCGACCUGGUGCAUCACUGGGUGCAGAACGUGCUGUCGGAGUUCGUGAUGUCGGAGAUCAGGACAGUGUACGUGACCGACUGCCGGGUGAGCGCGUCCGCCUUCUCCAAGGCCGGCAUGUGCCUUCGCUGCUCAGCCUGUGCCUUGAACUCGGUGGUGCAGAGCGUGCUGAGCAAGCGGACGCUGCAGGCCCGCAGCAUGCACGAGGUCAUCGAGCUGCUCAACGUGUGCGAGGACCUGGCGGGCUCCACGGGCCUGGCCAAGGAGACCUUCGGCUCGCUGGAGGAGACCUCGCCGCCGCCCUGCUGGAACUCGGUCACGGACUCGCUGCUGCUGGUGCACGAGCGCUACGAGCAGAUCUGCGAGUUCUACAGCCGCGCCAAGAAGCUGAACCUCAUCCAGAGCCUCAACAAGCACCUUCUCAGCAACCUGGCGGCCAUCCUGACGCCCGUCAAGCAGGCGGUCAUCGAGCUGAGCCACGAGAGCCAGCCCACCCUGCAGCUCGUGCUGCCCACCUACGUCAGGCUGGAGAAGCUGUUCACGGCCAAGGCCAACGACGCGGGCACCGUCAGCAAGCUGUGCCACCUCUUCCUCGAGGCGCUCAAGGAGAACUUCAAGGUGCACCCGGCGCAUAAGGUGGCCAUGAUCCUGGACCCGCAGCAGAAGCUGCGGCCCGUGCCGCCCUACCAGCACGAGGAGAUCAUCGGCAAGGUGUGCGAGCUCAUCAACGAGGUCAAGGAGUCUUGGACCGAGGAGGCCGACUUUGAGCCCACCGCCAAGAAGUCCCGCUCCGCCGCGGGCGAGCACCCCACAGUUCAGGAAGACGAUCGGCUUGGGAAGAACGAAGUGUACGAUUACCUGCAGGAGCCCCUCUUCCAGGCCACCCCCGAUCUCUUCCAGUACUGGUCGUGCGUUACCCAGAAGCACACGAAACUCGCCAAGCUGGCCUUCUGGCUGCUCGCGGUUCCGGCCGUGGGGGCCAGGAGCGGGUGUGUAAAUAUGUGUGAGCAAGCACUUCUGAUCAAAAGGAGGCGACUGCUCAGUCCAGAAGAUAUGAACAAACUCAUGUUUCUGAAAUCCAACAUGCUUUAAGACUUGGGAACGUUAAGAAGGAAGAAAAGAGAAGAGAAACAUUGGGAAAAAAAAAAUACACACACACAACACUGUCGCAAACAAAGAAAAAGGAAUUUAAGUUCUAAACACUGUGGACCUCAUUAUAAAUGCCCCCCUGGAAACUUAAGUGCUUUUUCAGUGUGUGUGUGUGUGUGUGUGUGCAUGCGAGGUGAGGAUGCGGCCGAGCGCACGGGCCGUGCGUGUGUGGCGCGGGGGGCCCAGGGCUCGCCCACGUGGCCCCCACAGCCUCGUGCACGCAUGCGCACACACACACACAGCCCUGGUGCGUGCACACGCCUGCUCGUGGUGCUUGUGCAUUACUGGGUGUGUCAGGAAAGCUGAGUGGGAAAGAGGGAAGACACUUCACCUCCUUUUCUCAGUGAGGGGGUUUAAAAGACUCCGUUUUCAGGUGUGCAGAUCGGUAGAAAGCUGAUGUGGUAAAAUGUUCAGGCAGCUGAGAUCUGAAGUGACUUGACGCUCUCUGUCCUUGACCCCCUGGCCCUUCCCUCUUCUCCCCCCCGCCCCACCCCAUCCCGGUGCCCUGAGCCCUCUUGACCCUCGUGCACUCACCCCUCCCCGGCUGCUCUGCCAUGGAUUCUCCAGACUGCAUCAGAUGGACGGUGUCUGCACUGGACUUUGUUCUCGUUCACCUUCAGGGCAUUGUGCUGUUGCUGCCGAGAUACCCUUGGGGCUCCCGGGGCAGCCGCCUUAGAAACACACCUAUCUAUCUCCCCAAAUCAGGAAAGGAGACUUUAAGAAUAUAAAGCUGACCUUUUGCUUUUUAAUAUAAGAUAGAAAAAAAAAAAAGACGUUUUUUAAAGAAGUAUAGAUACUGUCUCCACUACUUAAUAAUUGUUUUCCUAAUAUUUUAGCAGUUUUUACUUUUUUUUUUUUCUUCCCCAAAUCUGAUUUUAGACUCUGCUAGGAGGCACUGAAUGUCUAUAACUUAUGUUUUGGAGGUUUUGUUUUUCGUUCUUUGGUUUUGUUUUUUUUUUUUCAGUUGCCCUUUUGUUCUUCAAAUCACACUGUAAACUAGCUCAUCUCAGUGGGAUCUUCAGCAUCCUAAGGUUUUUAUUAGCCCUCCCCGUACAGUCCCAUGUUCAUGUAUUCGAACAGCCAAGACCGCGAACUUGGCGUUGCUGUUUGGAAACCAGGAGUGGGGCUGGAGUUGCAGGUUUCACAGAUGUGGGGUUCGGUGGAAGCCAUAGGGAAGCAUGUGGCUUAGGAGUUCUCCUGAAUGUACGCGGAAGCCCUGCCCUCCUGGUUCGCUGUGUCUGGUACCGCGAAUGUCUGACUUCUAUACCCAGAGUGCAUUACACUACUCACCACGUCACUGACACUUCCAGCUCAGCAGGGACUCCCGAGUCCAUCCGUGUUCACGUGCGUCGCACCUCAGACCCACGGCCCUGGGGGUCCCCACGUGAGCCUCGGCCCUCCUUCAAGGACAGUAGUUGAGCAUGGUGCCUUGGGGGCCAAACGGUUGAUGUCUGAGGGUGGAGUGGCAUCAGGCCACAUGUAAUUUGAGGCUGUGAAAGAUGACUUUUCUCUCCGUGAGCAAUUUAGGGUCUGCACACUUGGUCCAGAUGCCAAGAGGGUGGCCCCUUUGCCCUCCCAAGAGGUUCUGUCAGGGUCAGCACUCCACCCCCACCCCCAUGAGGAAUGUCCUGGCGGUCUCAUGCCCCCCCGGUGGCCGUGGCUGUGGGAUAGAUGGUUGCACCCAGGGCUUCAGGCUAAGAAUGGCCGCCAUCAUGGAGGGCUCUUUGCCAAGGCACGUUUCACCAUCGUGAGGGUUGACGAAGUCCACUCCAUCCCUUCCUGGUAAUAAAGCAUUACUUAGCAGUGAGAUACCUCGAGUCCAAAAAGCACUGUACAACAGCCCCCGUCCCCGGGUCCGUAGCAGAUCGGGAAGUCAGGUUGGUUCAAAAACUCGAGAAGGCUUAGGAUCAUAGACCGAACGGUGUCCCUGGGGGCCAAGCCUGCUCGCGUCGCCUCGUGAGAACUAACCCAGCUUUUCCCUCCGAGUCCUGGACGUACUGAAACGCAUCCAGAUGGGCCGUUCGCACCUUCGCUCCAGCACGUGGUGGUCUCAGGAACCAGUGUGCCGUCGCCUCUCCUGGAGAAGUUCUAGGUAUUUCCCCCACGUUUCUAGUCGGGGUCACGCCACCAGAAGAGCCUCCAUCUGCACUGGACGGUCACCUCAUGUCACUUUCUAGAGAAUGUGGGAGCAUCCACGAACUUUCUGAUCCAAUCUUUGUGGACAUUCCAGAAGGUGGCUGCAGGGCAGCUAAGUGACAGAUACCCGUGGCCAAAGGCCUCCAGCUGUGCUUUGCUGCUGGGGAAGGGCCCGCGACUCGGCACUUUCCACCACACGGGGAGGAUCAGAGCUGCCCACUGUGUGUGGUUGGUGGGAGCGGCGCCUCGGAGCCCGUCGUCCCUCUGCUGAGAGCAGAGCUGUUCUGGCAUUGCCCCGGUUGUGGGCCAGACAUUUCACUUUCUUGUAAAGCCAUCAGAGACCAAGCUCGGAUACGCGUUCAGAGCGCUCCUCAUCUCUUCGGAACGCGGGGCUGGCUGCCCUCCAGAAUGAAAGUCCGCGUAAGUCUAGUUAACUGCACUCGAGGUGUCGAGUCGUAUGUGUCACCCCCAUUCUGUUCUUCCUUCCCACCUCCAUUCGACCCCUCGGACUCGACUUGCCCUGCAGGUGUAAGGUCGCCACCGCCAGGUGCUCUGAAAGCUGUCUCCGGGGUCUGCCUCAUCCAGAUAUGGCACCAAGGCGGCAGGUAGUCACUUUGUCUCUUGCAGCCACUGGUUCCCCCCGAAACUGGGGUCACUGAUAGGAAAGGCUGUAUCAAGGUGCCCCUUCAGUCCACUUCCUCACACAGGCGGUUCCCGUGGUGCAAAUCCGGCGGCAGUGACCAGCUUAGGAAAACCCAAAGAUCCCACAGGUCCAGCCACUGGCCCCUCAUUUCCAGCAAUAUCCACCUUAUCCAAAUUCUAGUUUAGCCAAAGGAUUGAGGUAGACUCUCCCAGUUCAUCUCCUGACACCUCCCCUGGCACUGACCUUGAGAAGGAUUUGUCUUCUGCUCCCCUGUUCUGUGACCACGAUGGGACUUUCCACCACAGGCCCUUGGUUGCCGGCAGGCCGGGAAAUAGGGCCGUUUCUGUCCUGUUCUCGGCAGCUCAGUGUGGUCUUCUGCUGACUUGGACAUACCUUGGCUCGAGCCAUGUGAUUCCCAGGACAGAAGUGGUCUUGUUUGGACGUAACGUGGACCCCAGAGGGGAGAUGGAGAGAGCCCACCUCCAUCCUGCAGGGUAUUCUCCCCUCAUCUGACAUCCGUUGGCUUCACCACCAAAGCUCAGGGCAAGGACUGCAGUCUCAUGGGAGCUCGAUCUGAGUAGCCUGGGCAUGGAUGUGCUUGUCCCAACACCAGUCUCCCUGUUUGGGCCUGGGCCCACCAGCCAGCCUUAGAGAGUGGUUAGAAACCAGGAAAUGAAACGGAAGGGCCACCUGAGCAAAGCUGCUGCUGGGUCCCCGAGUGGGGACCUUUGUCACCAUCCCACCUGACAGCCUCGGGCUUGGCGUCUUGGGAAAAGGGUACAGAGGUUUCCUGGUGAGGAGAGAACGGUCCGAGCAAGGACUUUUUUUUUUACACCUGGUCUGUAAGCUGGCAAGUGUUCUCCCCUUGAGUUUCCUCCUUUAUCUCUUGCACUUUGAAGAAACACCACGGAAAAACUCUGCAAGGCGUGUCUUCCACCGUGAAGCCGAACCUUUGCCUCCGGGAGUCCCCGGUGCUUGCCCGAGGCCACCUGCUCCUGCCCGGACUCAAACUAGACUCCUCGGCGGGGGGCACCUGGAGAGACGUCAGGGACACAGCACGCACUCUCGCGGGCCACACGUUCCCGAGAAAGGCUUGAAGUGAAGCUGGGCUGUGGAUGGAGGAGGAAGGGCCUGUGAGCAACGCCUGGAAGGGGCCGGUACCUGGAUGUUGCCAUCAUGAUGCAUGCGCUCGCAGAGACGGGAAGAGGAGGCGCCCAGGGCGUGGCGGGCGGCCGCCCCCUGCCCCGUUGAGCUGGGGUGAGUUCACAGCUUUGCCCUUGGCCUUGAGAACGGUGGCAGCACCGGUUUCCCUGGGGUGUACCUGACGGGGAGCACCUAGAAAGCCUGCUGGUUUGGAUAGAACAGCGAGGCUGAGUGCGGCUCGGCCAGUCCCCCGGAGAUGGUAGGCGGGAGCCCCUGUCUCGGCCCCGCCAGCGCCCCCCAGCGCCCGCAUCCAGCCGGGCCCGCCCCUCUCUUCACUGUGGCUCAUGUUUGCUAGGCCAGUUAUGGUGAACCAAUGAUACAGUGUUGUUUUCCUCUUACGUUUCCCUCCCGGGUUCCCCUCUUCAGGGUUUUCUGGAGGCUUCUGUCGUCGUUGUCCUGUUUGUCUUCCUCUCUCGUUUGGGUUUGAGGAUCAUGGUCAGUAGAGGCCCGUCUGUUGCUGGGGGGGCCCCGUGGUUUCUGCGUGAGGAGGCGCCUGCUGCCGCUUUGAUGAGGGCGAAGACCCUCACUGAGGUCACUGUUUGCUCUAUUCAUGUCCCCGCCGCCGCCACGCGGGUCGCUUUCAAGAUCCAGCUCCUGUACAGAGAAGGAUUUGCUAGGUCUGCAGCUGGGCGUCAGCAUCGGGACCCUUGAGGGUCCUACCCCCCCGCGCGUCCCCACCGGGCACCUUGACUCUUCGAACCAAAGUUCCUUAAAGGGGCACAGCCCAGCCUUGUCCGCAACCUCAGGGGCCUGGGAUCCCUGUGGCGCGCUUCCUGCAGUCCGGGUUGGCAGAGACCGUGGGCUCUGAGACCCGCCGGACGGAAGCCUCCUCCCACAACCCAGGUGCCAGCCGGUCCCCUCCUGGGGCCCUGCCUCCCACCCGGCCAGGGCGGCCGGGCUCCCGGGCGGCGCGCCAGCUCAUGGACUGGCGUGGGGCUGGGACUCGCCAGCCAGGAGAGAGAGGACCCGCCGGGCGGCGCGGCCGGGGCCGUUCAGACCCCAAGCAUCAGGAAAUCAUUUUGUAUGACCACCCCGAAGCAGAGAUAUUUUUUAAAAAGCGUAAAUUAUUUUCAGUUGUUUUCUGAUCCUUUUUCUUUUCCCCGCAAACUUCACAUCCGUGAUUCUUUCACAUCAGGUAAAUCUUGAGAAAGCCUUGGUGCCCCCCUCCCCUGCGUCCCUGCUCAGUAACCACGUGCGUGCACCCCCCCCACCCCCAUCCUUUCUCAGUAGUUCUAGGCAAUACCAUAGGCACAUCUGACUGUGUCUCUCUCUCUCCGAGUGCAAGAAACUCAAGUCAUCUUAAAAAAAAAUACAAAAAAAAAAUUUACAAAAAAACAAACACAAAAAAAAUAUCUUUUUUAGGCCAGAGUUUUCUACAGGUAUUAAUGAAUAUUUUUCUUAAUCCUUAUAAGUUUUAUGUGUUUAAUAUUUCUUAAUACCGGUAGCAUUAAUUUAUACUUUUGUAGCAACACAAUAUUUUUAUAAACAGCCAGUGCUUGGCUCCAGUCUCCACGAGGGGUUUAUCCAGGGGCCAUCUUGGGGCCCUGUGUACCAUGUACUGUAUUUAAAAAAAAGUUACCUAGUGUCACCCUUGCUGUGUUAAUUAACAAAAGACGUUGUUUGCGGUCUCCUGUGUCGUUGGUGUGGAGCCAACAGCUCUCCGAGGAGUCACGUUGCAUGGGGGUUGAGUUGACGGUUCUUGUGAUCUGUAAACCCCCGAGACCAAACUUGAGGGUUUAUUUAGGGUUUUCUGUUUGUCCUUUGGGUUUUUCGUUUCACUUUGUUUUGGUACCGUAUCUCCAUUUACAGCCAAAUCAGUUUCGUGAUGUUUAAAAACUUUUUCUGAUGUCAAAUGGAGGAAAGGAACAGGAAAAAAAAGAUUUUUACAGAGUAAUAAAAUUUAAAACUGAGCUGUUUAAAUGUUGCUGUUUUUACCUGUCUGUUCUUGUCCAAAAGUGGGACAUUCCCAGGAAGAAGAGGAAGGUUCCACUUGGUUCCUUAAAUCGCCAAAAGCCCUAGCCCAGAGUUCACCCCCCACCCCCCGAAUUCUUGCAACAUUAUUUCCCAGUUGGUUGAUGCCAAGGCAAAAAGACAUCCUUUUAAUGGUUAGAGAGUAUCAGUUACUUAAAUGAUUUCAUGUCAGUGUUGUAUUUAUGGUUUUACAAUAAAACAACGUUUAGGAAGA